CUGGAAACAGUUCCCUUGCAGCACAGAAGCAAUCUUCUCUCCCCAUCUUCGCGUAUUCUGAGGCAAAUCAAAUGGAAGAAAAGAGGAAACACAGCAACAGAUUGGAUCAGUUCUCUUUGUGGAUUACAUUUUCAGUAAAAAAUGUAUGGCUCUAUCUUUUCCUUGUUCUAUCUAGAUCAUGAGACUUGACUAAGGCUGUAAUCUUGAUCUUCCAUCCAUCUAUGGCGAACUAUAGCCAUGCAGCUGACAACAUUUUGCAAAAUCUCUCUCCUCUAACAGCCUUUCUGAAACUGACUUCCUUGGGUUUCAUAAUAGGAGUCAGCGUGGUGGGCAACCUUCUGAUCUCCAUUUUGCUAGUGAAAGAUAAGACUUUGCAUAGAACACCAUACUACUUCCUGUUGGACCUUUGCUGUUCUGAUAUCCUCAGAUCUGCAAUUUGUUUUCCAUUUGUAUUCAACUCUGUUAAAAAUGGCUCUACCUGGACUUAUGGGACUUUGACUUGUAAAGUGAUUGCCUUUCUGGGGGUUUUGUCCUGUUUCCACACUGCUUUCAUGCUCUUCUGCAUCAGUGUCACCAGAUACUUAGCUAUCGCCCAUCACCGUUUCUAUACAAAGAGGCUGACGUUUUGGACAUGUCUGGCUGUGAUCUGCAUGGUGUGGACUUUGUCUGUGGCCAUGGCCUUUCCCCCAGUUUUAGAUGUGGGCACUUACUCAUUCAUUAGGGAAGAAGAUCAGUGCACCUUCCAACACCGCUCCUUCAGGGCCAAUGAUUCCUUAGGAUUUAUGCUGCUCCUUGCUCUCAUCCUUCUAGCCACACAGCUUGUCUACCUCAAGCUGAUAUUUUUUGUUCACGAUCGAAGGAAAAUGAAGCCAGUCCAGUUUGUAGCAGCGGUCAGCCAGAACUGGACUUUUCAUGGCCCCGGAGCCAGUGGCCAGGCAGCUGCCAAUUGGCUGGCAGGAUUUGGAAGGGGUCCCACACCACCUACCUUGUUGGGCAUCAGGCAAAAUGCAAACACCUUGAGCAGAAGAAGGUUAUUGGUCUUAGAUGAAUUCAAAAUGGAAAAAAGAAUUAGCAGAAUGUUCUAUAUAAUGACUUUUCUCUUCCUAACCUUGUGGGGCCCUUACCUGGUAACCUGCUAUUGGAGAGUUUUUGCAGGAGGGCCUGUAGUACCAGGGGGAUUUCUAACAGCUGCUGUCUGGAUGAGUUUUGCCCAAGCAGGAAUCAAUCCUUUUGUCUGCAUUUUCUCCAACAGGGAGCUGAGGCGCUGUUUCAGCACAACCCUUCUUUACUGCAGAAAAUCCAGGUUACCAAGGGAACCUUACUGUGUUAUAUGA